AUGUCGGGCAUCAGGGUACUGCUACAGAAAAUCCUGAUCCUUCUGCAGGUUACUCUGUCUGUUGUGGUGGGCAAAACACUGAUGAUACUGUUCCCCAACGCCAUGAAAAGAUACAUCCUAAAGAUGGGCGAAAAGAGCAGAAUGAACAGGAAUCCAAAGUUCAGCUAUGAAAACUGGGGCCCGACUUUUUUCAGCUUCAAGUAUUUGCAGUUUGUGCUGAAGGUAAAGUGGAAGAGGCUGGAGGAUGAAGCCUACGAGGGACACCCUGCUCCCAACACGCCCGUGGUGACCCUCAGCGGGGAAGUUUGUCACCUCCUAGAUUUCAUGAAAGAUAACCAACCUUUAAUCCUGAACUUUGGAAGCUGCACCUGACCUUCAUUUAUGUUAAAAUUUGAUGAGUUCAACCAGCUCAUCAAAGAUUUCAGCUCCAUAGCAGAUUUCCUUAUCAUCUACAUUGAGGAAGCUCAUGCAGUAGAUGGAUGGGCUUUUAAAAACAAUGUCAUUAUUAAAAAUCACAGAAGCCUUGAAGAUCGAAAAAUUGCAGCACAAUUUCUUCAGAAAAAUCACCCUCUAUGUCCAGUGGUUUUAGACACUAUGGAGAACCUGAGCAGUUCAAAAUACGCUGCACUGCCAGAGCGACUCUACAUGCUUCAGGGAGGGAAGGUCAUCUACAAGGGAGGAGUGGGGCCUUGGAAUUACCACCCCCAGGAAAUACGUGCCAUCCUGGAAAAACUGAAAUAGAAAAAGGACUUCGAAGCAAAAAUUAUUUGGAUAAAGAAGUUAAAGAAUAAUUUGUCACAGACCUAGGUCUACGGAACAAAACCAGAAUUUAAAAACAGCCAUAGAGAGAAGAAGAAAAGAACAAUGCUGUAUAUGCAAAGUAUAUGCACUGCUGUAUAUGCAAGGAGCAUCUGGAAUGAGGCUCAUUAUGUUUGUCUAGAAGCUUUCAGGUGUCACCCCUACCACACCAACUUCUGUUCUGCAGUAACUUACUACUCUUACCCCACAUGCAGUAAUGUGGGAGCUGGGUCCAUUGAGCUCUGGAUACCAACAUUUACACUUGUAAGGAAUAUCCUGCAGGAUGAAUUUCAGGGUGGUGACAUUUGCAAGAGUCCACCAGCAUGCAAAGCAACU